AUGUCUACAAAGGUUCUUGAAGCUCGCUUUGAGCAGCUGAACGUGAACGAUGAGAACGAGCCUCCAGUCAACAGUCUUCAUCUGAAGGCAAAGGGAGUGCCGUCGAAAUGUGGCCCAACCUCAAACUCUCACAGCAACCAGAGCUCAAACAGACCCAACCUCUUGAAGCUUGCGCUGCAGAACAACAAUGAAUCUAAGUCCCAUCGAAGCCCGCUAGAGGAAGAGUCUUCAAACACAUUGCGCAUGAAUGACUCGGCGGGGAAUCCAAAAAAGUUCCAUCUCGGCAUGUUCGAGAUUGGCAAGCCCCUUGGCAAAGGAAAGUUUGGAAGGGUAUAUCUUGCCCGUGAGAGAUCAACUGGCUUUGUAUGCGCAUUGAAGGUGCUACACAAGAGCGAGCUCGUCCACGGCCAUGUGGAGAAGCAAUUGAGACGUGAGAUCGAGAUCCAAAGUAACCUUCGGCACCCAAACAUCCUCAGAUUAUAUGGCCAUUUCCACGAUAGCAAGCGAGUGUUCCUCAUCCUUGAGUUCGCCGGAAAGGGUGAACUAUAUAAGCACCUACGAAAGGAGAACCGGUUCCCUGAAUGGAAGGCCGCCCAGUACAUUGCUCAGAUGGCUGCUGCGCUUAAGUACUUGCACAAGAAGCACGUCAUGCACCGCGACAUCAAGCCAGAGAACAUUCUUGUCGGAAUCCAUGGAGAGAUUAAGAUCAGUGACUUUGGCUGGAGUGUACAUGCUCCAAACAACCGAAGACAGACAAUGUGUGGUACACUCGACUACCUGCCACCAGAGAUGCUAAAGCCAGGCAAUGGAGAUAAGUGGUAUGACGAAAAGGUUGACUUGUGGAGCUUGGGGGUCCUUAUAUACGAGUUCCUCGUUGGUGAGGCCCCCUUUGAAGACUCGCCAGUCAUGACCCACAGGAGGAUUGUUCGGGGAGAAAUGACUAUCCCAUCGUUUGUAAGCCCUGAGGCUAGAGAUCUCAUUAAAAAGCUUCUUGUACUUGACCCAGCCAGCCGAAUCCCACUGGAUGAAGUUCAAAGACACCCAUGGAUUUUGAAAUACUGUGUCAAGGGGGAGAGAGUAGCGCAGAGAGAAGCUGCAAGCAAGAGCAACAAGGCUAAAUGA